UGUAGCGGAGGAGCCAGGUGUCAUCAAUCAACAAAUGACUGCCUGACUCAUAUAAAAGCAGUGUUCUGCAGUUCAAUGUGUAGCUGCUGUCCCAACUGGAAGGAAGUGUAGACUACUGGUGCAUGCUAAGUAACGACUGAAGAUGUCUGGCCGUGGAAAGAAGGCUGCACCCAAGCCAAAAUCUACAGUGUCCCGGUCUUCCAGAGCAGGGAUCACAUUCCCAGUGGGCCGCAUCCACAGGCUGCUGAAGAAAGGCCACUAUGCUCAGCGAGUUGGCAACGGUGCUUCAGUUUAUCUCGCGGCUGUCCUGGAGUACCUCUCUGCUGAAAUCCUGGAGCUGGCAGGAAACGCCUGCCGUGACAACAAGAAGCAACGCAUCGCUCCUCGUCACAUCUUGUUGGCUGUGAAAAAUGACGAAGAGCUCAACAAACUGCUGGCAGGGGUCACGUUCUCAGACGGAGGGGUUAUCCCAAAUAUCCAGGCAAGCCUUCUCCCCAAGAAGACCAAGGCACCUAGGGAUGACGAUACAUCUAAAGAUGUUGAGUCUCAAGAGUUUUAAUAUAAAUAUACAAGUUUUUCAAAUUUUAUCAAAUAAAGUAAGUUUUUAAAGCAUG